CCGACGUGCAGUCGCUCCCGCAGAGCGGCGAGUUCAGGCUGGCAUUGUCUUCUGCCCACGCGCUCCGGCGCAUGGCAGUUCGUUCGUUCGUUCGUUUUUGGCCCAGGACAGGCAGGAAACAUGUACUGUCGCAUUCGCUCUUCCAUUCCCCUUUCCCUCUUCCGUCCUUCUGUACUCAAUCGUCCUAGCUUCCUCACACGGUCAGGCAAGUCUGGCUCGAGAUAUGCGGCUGGUUCGUCAGGGCCCGUCCUCUCGUGCAUCUGGCCUUCCCUGAUCACAAGGGGUCGCACAGAGUGUCUCAGAAUGUCCACCGUGCCUACCACCAAAAGGAGCAGCAUGCGCCGCCCGUCAGACGAACUCUGCCCUAUUGCCAACACCUUCACGACUUGCAUGCUCGGCGCCUUCAGUGUUAAGGUUGGGGCGAAGCUGAUGGCCAUUAUGGUGAUGCUGGACGGGCUGAUGUCCGUCCUCACCUGGCUGAUGGAUUGCCGCCAUCCGGCCUCCGUGAUGUUUCGCUGGGGGGCCCCUGGUUGGGAGGUAGCGCUUCAGAACGUCAACGCUGCCAUGGGCAUCUGCUCCAUGCUGGCUGGCGUGGCCGCGAUGGGAAGCUGCAACCGACCAGACCUGCAGGGACUGCGCCGGUUCAAGAAUUACGUGUUGAUUUUGAUGGUAUGGACAGUGUCGUGGUUCCUCAUGGUCGGCCUCCCCGUGGACGUGGUGUACGUCAGUGUUCCGGUGAUUCAGACGUGGCCAAUGUCGGUGCUACCAGGAGUGCCGCACUAUGACAUCGUAGACCCAGCUUGGCCCAACGGCAGGCCCUCGGUGUGUACUGACGUCGCGGAGGCGAAGCAAACAUUGGCCAAUAUCCUCACGGUGAGAAGAAAGAACCGUGCUAUUGCGAGAGUUUUGCAUGGCGUCUACGAGUGGCUAUUGUACAGGUACCUCACUUGCCGACAGGUUCAGAAAAUAUUCUGGUUGGUGAUGCUGGUGUCGCUAUGUUGGAGGGCGUACGCUGUGUAUCUGAUCGAAUAUUUCUGCAAGAUCGUGAAGCACGGGGGCAAUGGCAAGGUGAUGAUAGGCCAGCUCGGAGACCUGGACAAGCCAAUCGAUAUCCACGAACACAUGAGGCGGCAGAUUGAGCAGAUCUUCAACCAGAUGGACUCGGACCAUGACGGCAAGGUCUCGCUUAGCGAGCUGAGGGAGUAUCUGAGGCAAAACAGUUCACUCUACUCGGAGGACGUGGGCUCAGCUUGAGCGCUGCCGGAAUCUCGUACGCAUCGUAUCCUGAGGCCGCCGAUAUCAAAAGUCACGCUGAUCGUUUAUUCAGGACUGAGGCUUCCUGAGGAUCGUUGUAGUCCGACCCGGCGCCACACACCCUUGUAAUUGUUGAUGCUUUGUGUGUUCCCCACCAGCCCAUCCCAACAAAAAACGAUGCCUAGGCGAGUUGCCGUGAAAAGUGAAGUGAAGGUUCACCAAAGACGGGGGACUUCAGUACAACCGAGGGAG